AUCACCCGAGCAUAAUAUCACCAUUACAACCCCCAGCCCAGAUGCGUAGAUCCACGACCCAUUCCCUUCGAAAACCGGCCCUGCAGCCCUCCCAUCCAGUCAAUGAUAACCCCCCACCACGCAGAUCAACCACCCUACUGAAAAGUUGACCGGUGGAAACAUGAACCGGUGCUACCCUGCUCCUCCAUGUCCCCAUCGCAUGCAGCCGAUCUCCCCCAGAAAGAAAAACACCAAACACAAAGUGCUGGACCGAGUCGAAACUCUGGCCAGCCCCCCCCCUCCGGGCCCCAGAGCCAAUCAUAGAGCCCCGCGGACCGUCAAAGGCGGGGUUGGUCGUUCAGAUCUGACGCCAUUCAUGAUUUCACCUUUUCCUUGCUUGACAUUGUACCGGCUGUGUCUCUCCCUAACGGACUAGGUGUACGGAGUACCGUUCGAUCUUCAAUUUUUGUCAGGUAGACGAUAUGGCGACUUCUCGUUCGGGCUUAGGUUCGAAGGCAGUCCCCCCCUCUGCAACAACAGCAGCAACACCAACCACAACCUCCGAACUCCAAUCCUCCCUCCGCGAACUCUCCCUCACCAACAAAAGUCCCAUAAAAGACAUCCCCCGACCAACUCCCACCUCCGCUCCUUCCCACCAUCACCACCACCACCACCAAAAGCCCAAAAAGAAAUCCCCUCCCAUCGCCGACUCCUGGGAAGAUGAACUAGAAGAAGACACCCCCACCUCCGCCUCAGCCUCCGACCCCGAAGGACCAGGAAAUCAUCUCGACAGCCUCAACAACAGCCCCGCCCUAUCCCCCUCCAUCCGCAGCGCCGAAGGCCCCCUCGACCCGCCCCCCACGCCCAUUUCCCCGCAGAUCACCCCCUCGCAGCAACCGUGGCCCGCGUACGGAAAUACAGUGGCAUCUGCGUCGUCGGCGCCGCGAUCGAGGUCACCCGCGACGAGACGGCCCGAGAAGCAGACGGCGGUGGCGGGGAGGAUGAUUGCGGGGGCGUUGGGGAUUCGGGCGCCCAAGCGGACGGAGGAACAGAGGAAGUAUGAUCGGGCGGUGAAGGAGCAGGAGAUUAAGAGGAGGAAUCGGGAGAGGGAGGAGGCGGAGAGGGUGAGGGUUGAGGAGGAGGAAGCUAAGAAGGCGGUUUGGGAUAUGUGAGUACUGAGUUGGGAUGUGUUGAGAUGGG